AUGCGCGGAGAUCGGGCAAAGAGUAAAUCACCGGAACGAUCUGUGCAAUCUGAACGAUCGUCGUCGGAUCAUCAAUGCAGCGAUGCAUUAAUGGCAGUUCGUCUCGGGCAUCCAGCAUGUAUCUUACGAUUACCCACCGAAAAAUUGUUGAUCAAGGAUGAAAUCGGCGAAACUGCCAUGCAUAAGGCUGCACGAUUGCGAGAUUUCCAGUCAGCUAAGUUAGUAUAG